AUGAGCACACAAGAGACCGAACAGGUUGAUUCGCAAAUACACAAAUUCCUAAAAAAGGGCUUUAUCAUUGAAAGCUCUCAUGAACAGGGGGAAUUCAUAUCUAAUAUCUUUCUUCGACCAAAGAAAGAUGGGUCGUUUCGAAUGAUAUUGAACCUUAGAGAGCUUAACAAAUUUGUGAUGCAUCACCAUUUUAAAAUGGAGUCCAUCCAUACAUGCACCCAACUCAUGCGUCCUGGGUGUUACAUGGCAUCUAUCGACCUGAAGGAUGCUUAUUACUUAGUACCUGUUGCUAAGCAACAUCAAAAAUUCCUCAAGUUUACAUGGAAGGGGAGACUAUAUCAAUUCACCUGUUUGGCCCAAGGAUUGUCAUCAGCCCCACGCCUGGUUGCAAAGCUUAUGAAACCUGUUUUCUCCCAUCUUAGGGGGAAGGGGCACAUUUCAAGUGGUUACAUUGAUGAUUCCUUCUUAGUAGGGUAUUCUAAUUCAGAAUGUCAACUGAAUGUCGAUGACACCUUGCAGUGUUUUCAUGAAUUGGGAUUCCUAACCCAUGAUGAUAAAUCUGUGAUCACACCAACACAAAUCAUUCAACACCUAGGGUUUGUGUUGAAUUCAAUUGAGAUGACAAUAUCUAUUUCGGAAGAAAAACACAAUAAACUAUGUGGGGUUAUUAUUUCUGUUCUUAAACAAAACAUGUGUAGUAUAAGAGCAGUGGCACAGAUGAUUGGCAUGAUGGUAGCAUGCUGCCCAGGGGUGGAAUAUGGGACAUUGUUUUAUCGUCAAAUUGAUAGGGAAAAGACAGCUGCACUUAAAGUAAACCAAGGCGACUUUGAUAAGCACAUGACCCUCUCCCCUAAAGCACACCAAGAUAUGUUAUGGUGGGUAGAAAAUGCACGCUUGUUCACAAAGCGGCUGGAUCAUGGGAAAAUUGGCCAUGUGCUUUACACUGAUGCCUCCACCAAAGGAUGGGGGGCUAACAUGGCUAAUGUAACUACAGGGGGUGAAUGGUCUACAGUAGAGAAAGACCACCAUAUAAAUUACCUAGAAUUACGAGCUGUUCUGUUUGGUCUGCAAUCACUUUGUAGGGAAAUAUCAAAUGCCCAUGUCAAAGUCAUGACAGAUAAUACAACUGCUGUUGCCUACAUUAACAAUAUGGGGGGCUCUCGCUCUUUUUUAUGCAAUGACAUGGCCAGAGAAGUAUGGGCAUGGUGCAUGACCAGGAAUAUUUGGCUCACUGCCAGCCAUAUUCCUGGGAAACUUAAUGUUGUUGCCGACAAGGCCUCCAGGGUGUUUGAUGAUUCUACAGAAUGGAAACUGGAUGCUAACAUAUUUCCAAAGCUAACAGCACACUUUGGUACCCCUGAAGUGGACAUGUUUGCUUCCAGACUUAACUACCAAAUGACACCAUUCGUUUCAUGGCAUCCUGACCCUCAAGCAUGGGCUAUUGAUGCCUUUACUUUGGACUGGAAUAAUAUAUUCUUUUAUGCCUUUCCACCUUUCAGCAUUAUACCACAAGUAUUGCAAAAACUGGAUACAGCUCAGACACAAGCAAUCCUAAUUGUGCCAAAUUGGCCAACCCAGCCAUGGUACCCUAUGUUGACAAGGUUGUUGAUCCAACAACCAAUCCUUCUACCGAAACACAAGAGCAAUGUGUCUCUUCCUUUCAAGCAAGAAAAAGAACACCCGCUGGGGAAACAACUGAAGCUGAUGGCCUGUCUCUUAUCCGGCGAUCCCUGUCAAGUAAGGGCAUUUCAUCAAAAGCUCAAGCAACAAUACUCAACUCCUGGCGGUCUGGAACACAAAAACAAUACCAAGUCUUUCUCAACAAGUGGCAGUCAUUUGCUAAUCAGUGGAAUGCAGAUCCCCUUCAUCCAACUCUGA